CGAAGAUGUCUUCUUACUUUCCCCGCCAAUUGCAUCUCUCUCUCUCUCUCUCUCUCUCUCUAUCUCCCCUAAUUCUUUUUUUUAAUACAAUCUAGGGCUCAAAAUCUCUCUUAUGACUGAUAAAACUUCCUCCAAAUCCCCUCAAAAUCCACCGUUCAUCCUCGCAACGUCCUCGAAAUCUGAUAUCUACAAACCCUAAUUUUCGAAUCCACCUCGAUCCGAAGAUGAGCAAUCCCAGCAGCUCCGGAUUGGGUUCAACUUCGAGUUUGACUCAGUUCGGGAUCGGUUUGGCUAAUACGGCGCAGUCGGAUGUUGCUUCUCACUUGCCGCUACCUUCCCUCCCCAUAUUCUGCGGCGCGGCUCAACCUGGCGAGCUCAAGCUCUUCGAUGAGGUUGCCGAAGGUAGUGGCUACAGGUCGUUGAAUCGCGCUGAGAUUCUCUCGCAAUCUAGGAGAAUCGCGAAGAUGCUUGAAGAAACUGACGUUUCUUACCUGGAUCUUAGGAACGAGGCUAGGGAGCUCAACUGUAAUUCUGAGGAGCCUUUUCAGUUAUAUGACCAAGUUUUACGAUGCAAUCCUGGAGCAUUUGAGUAUGCUAUCCCUGGUCCGACCUGUGAUCCAGUCUGUACCAGUGAAGAGCCUCAACAGAGAACUUCCGAGCCAAGUGUUCCUGUCAAGAUUCAACGACAGGCAGAUCAUCAUUUACCUAGGAGUAUCCAGCCUGAACCUGUGAAAAGGGUAUUACGAUCAAAACAUGUUGAAAAUCAUAGUUGGCAUCCUGAACCUUUGAUAAACCAGUCACCACGAGAUGAUAUUGCAACUCAUGACUCUCGACCUGAAACGAUCACCAUGAAUGAUUCUGCUUCCAAAAAGUCAACGGGCAAGAAGAAACGUAAAGAUGGCGCUGGCCCUGGUGCGUCUUCAGUUCAGCCAGAUUCAUCUGUGCUUCAAGAGUCCAUCGUAAAUAGCUUUUGUGAGAUGCUGGAGGACUUCUGUGGCAAAGCUGAAGUCCCUGGUGAUGAUAGGAAUGAAGCAGAGUGGUCGUCAGUGCCUGUUGAUGAAAUUCGUGUUCUUGUAACUGAAUUGAUGACUAUAAGGUCAAAAAUGCUUUUGCAUGUGGUACCUGUUGAUAUUCUAUCGAGGUUAUUGCACACUCUGGAUCAUCAGAUACAUAGGGCCGAAGGCUUGUCCAUUAAUAGUGAGCAUUCAGAUUCAGAUUCAUUGGAGUUGGUUCUUGGUGCCCUUGAGUCGAUCCAUGUAUCGCUUGCAGUGAUGGCCAACAGUGAUAUGCCAAAGCAGCUCUACAAGGAAGAGGUGAUUGAGAGAAUUCUGGAGUUUUCUAGGCAUCAAAUGAUGGCUGUUAUGUCUGCUUAUGAUCCAUCAUACCGCAGCGCAAGUAAACCCGCAGAUAAUGUUGCAUUUGAAGGGGAUGAUGAUGAUGAUCUUGAUCCUGACAUGGGCUCAGCCAGUAAAAGGCGGCGCACAGGAAAAAGUGGCAAAGUGAAGAAGUCGGCAGUGAACAGGAUCACUGGAACAGUGAAUACCGCACUACAGAAACUUUGCACUAUUCUUGGCUUACUCAAGGAGCUGUUGUUGGUAGAAAGGUUGUCUGACAGUUGCAUUUUACAACUGUUGAAGACAAGUGUGACAACAUUUAUGGUGGAAAAUAUCCAACUUCUGCAGCUUAAAGCAAUUAGCUUAAUCGGUGGUAUAUAUAAUUCAUAUCCUCAACACCGAACAUAUGUGAUAGAUGAGUUAUCUCAAUUGCUCUGGAAGCUACCUUCCUCAAAACGAGUGUUGAGAGCCUACCAUCUACCUGAUGAAGAACAAAAGCAGAUUCAAAUGGUCACUGCUUUGCUCAUUCAGUUGGUUCACAACAGCACAAGCCUUCCUGAAACCCUGAGACAGGCUUCCAGUGCAAACGCCAUACUGGAGAAUCCAGUUGAUGUCGGCUACCUAACUAAAUGUCAUGAGGCGGCUACAGAAACAUGUUGCCUUUUCUGGACUCGUGUCCUUGGACGACUUGCCAGUUUAAAGGCUCAGGAUGCUUCUGAGAUAAAAGUGAUGACUGAGAACAUUGUUAAUGAUCUACUGACUGCAUUGAAUCUUCCUGAAUAUCCAUCAGUUUCUCUUAUUCUUGAGGUUCUCUGUGUCAUACUGCUGCACAAUGCAGGGUUGAAAUCAAAAGAUGUCUCUGCCCGGUCAAUGGCCAUUGACUUACUAGGUAUAAUUGCUACCAGGUUGAAACAAGAUGCUGUCCUCUGCAGUGAAGACAGAUUUUGGACAUUACUAGAAUCAGAAAGUGAAGGUAGAGUUGACCAAGUUGGCACAAAAGAUUGCGCUCUUUGUUUAGGUAAAAGGGCUGGGAACUUAUUGAUCUGUCAAAUUUGUCCAAGGCGGUUUCAUGCUGGCUGUUUGGGUUUAAAGGAAGUAGACAUCCCAAGUCGAAAUUGGCACUGUCCGUUUUGCGUAUACAAGAGGCAACUUCUUGUACUGCAGUCUUACUGUAAGACGGACACCAAGAGUGGUAAGGUUGAGUCAGAAGAAGAUCCAAAUAUGAUUACACAGACAGAAGUUGUGCAACAGAUGCUCCUGAAUUAUCUUCAGGAUGCUGGAUCUGCUGAUGAUGCGCAUACUUUCAUUUGCUGGUUUCAUCUGUGCCUUUCGUAUAAAGAUGUUCCAAAAUCUCAGGAAAAAUUCAAAUAUUACAUUGCUAGAUUGAAAGCAAAGUCAAUAAUCCGUAACUCUGGAGCAACUACGUCGUUCUUGACAAGAGAUGCUAUAAAGAAGAUUACUUUAGCUCUUGGACGAAAUAGUUCCUUUUCCAGAGGAUUUGAUAAGAUUCUACACAUGCUCCUGGCUAGUUUAAGAGAGAACUCUCCCAUUAUUAGGGCUAAAGCUAUGCGAGCAGUUAGUACAAUUGUUGAAGCUGAUCCAGAGGUACUGUGCGAUAAGCGUGUUCAGUUGGCUGUUGAAGGAAGGUUUUGUGAUUCUGCUAUAUCUGUUAGAGAAGCAGCACUUGAACUUGUUGGUAGGCAUAUUGCCUCACAUCCUGAUGUUGGUUCAAAGUAUUUUGAGAAGGUCGCCGAGAGGAUUAAAGAUACUGGAGUGAGUGUUCGAAAACGAGCCAUAAAGAUCAUACGUGACAUGUGUACUUCAAAUCCCAACUUCUCUGAAUUUACAAGUGCAUGUGCCGAGAUAUUAUCUCGAAUCAGUGAUGAUGAAUCUAGCAUCCAGGAUCUUGUAUGCAAAACUUUCUAUGAAUUUUGGUUUGAGGAACCUCCAGGGCAUCAUACUCAAUUUACCAGUGAUGCUAGCUCCAUUCCAGUGGAAGUGGAAAAGAAAACUAAGCAAAUGGUUGGGUUGUUAAGGACGACUCCAAAUCACCAGCUUCUUGUAACAAUUAUUAAGCGUGCCCUGGCCCUUGAUUUUUUCCCUCAAGCAACCAAAGCUGCUGGUAUCAACCCAGUUGCCCUUGCAUCAGUACGCAGGCGCUGUGAGCUGAUGUGCAAGUGCUUACUGGAAAAAAUAUUGCAGGUAGAAGAAAUGAGCCGUGAAGGAGAGGUUCAAGUGCUUCCUUAUGUACUUCUUUUGCAUGCUUUCUGUCUGGUGGAUCCUGGGCUGUGUACACCGUCUUCAGACCCUACUAAGUUUGUUAUCACCCUACAACCAUAUCUGAAGAGUCAGGUUGAUAGUAGAAUAGGAGCACAGUUACUAGAGAGUAUUAUAUUCAUAAUCGAUUCUGUCCUGCCCUUGAUCCGCAAGCUGCCUAUUAGUGUCACUGAAGACCUGGAGCAAGAUCUAAAGCAUAUGAUUGUUCGGCAUUCAUUUCUAACUGUUGUCCAUGCUUGCGUUAGGUGUCUCUGUUCUGUGAGUAAAUUGAUGGGAAAAGGUGUUAGCGUGGUCGAGCAUCUUCUUCAGUUCUUUUUUAAGCGGUUGGAGUCCCAGGGGGCUGAUAACAACCAGAUUGCUGGGCGGUCCCUUUUUUGUCUUGGGUUGCUUAUUCGCCAUGGUAACUCUCUUAUUAGCACCUCCGGUAGUAGGAGUUUCAAUCUCUCUGGCUGUCUCAAUUUAUUCAAACGACACCUCCGCAUGGAAGAUUUUGCUUUGAAAGUCAGGUCCCUGCAGGCUUUAGGUUUCAUUCUGAUUGCACGGCCUGAAUACAUGUUGGAAGAAGACAUUGGAAAAAUAAUCGAGAAUACAUUAUCAGAUGAAGCAAACGGACGUAUGAAGAUGCAAGGAUUACAGAACAUGUAUGAUUACCUUAUCGAUGCGGAAAAACAAUUGGGAUCAGAUAAAUCUGUUGAUAUCACGGUUAACCCAGUUGAGCAAGGUGGACAUACUGUACCCGUGGCCGCUGGUGCAGGUGACACCAACAUUUGCGGAGGUAUUGUGCAGUUGUAUUGGGAUAAGAUAUUAGGUAGAUGCUUGGACUGUGAUGAUCAAAUUCGCCAGAUUGCUCUCAAGAUAGUGGAAGUCGUGCUACGUCAAGGUCUUGUUCAUCCUAUUACAUGUGUUCCUUAUUUGAUUGCCCUCGAGACAGAUCCGCUCGAGGCCAACCAAAAGCUGGCCCAUCAUUUACUAAUGAAUAUGCAUGAGAAGUAUCCGGCUUUUUUCGAAAGCCGUCUCGGUGACGGACUUCAAAUGUCGUUUAUCUUCAUGCAAUCCAUCAGCCAGGUCUAUUCAGAAUCAAAUCAAAAUCCUCAGCAGAAGUGUUCGGGGAAGAAUGAUCAUACUAGUAGCUCUCUCACACAAGCUAGACUUGGAGUCUCUAGGAUCUACAAGCUUAUCCGUGGCAACAGGAUUUCUCGAAACAAAUUUAUGACUUCUAUCGUUCGCAAGUUUGAUAAUCCAACCUGGAGCGGCUCGGUUAUAUCCUUCCUGAUGUAUUGCACUGAAACCCUUGCUUUACUUCCAUUCACAACACCUGAUGAGCCGCUCUAUCUCGUGUAUUCCAUAAACCGAGUUAUACAAGUCAGGGCUGGUGCAAUCGAGUCAAAUUUGAAGGCUCUGUUACAUAAAGAUUCCGCAAAGACUCAGCAUGGAAAUGGAACGUACCAACAAGAUUCGACUCCUGCAAAUAUUCACAUGAUGGAUUUGAACACAAGAAUUCAAGAAGAACAUACGCAUUGGAAUUCCUAUGGCCAUUCGACUCCAAUUGAUCUUAAUGGAGUAGUGUACCAAGAUCCCAGGGAUCAGUUUAUUUCAUAUCAAACCCAUUAUGGCGAAGCAAAUGUGCACAAGAUGACCUCAUCUGAUCCUCCUGAAUUAUCCACCGAUGAUUUGCAGAAAAUUAAGGUUGAUUGCUUAUCAGCAAUAGCUUUACAACUACUUUUGAAGCUCAAGAGAUACUUAAAAGUCACGUACAGCUUAAAUGAUGAACGGUGCCAAGCCUAUUCUCCAACGGAACCCUUGAAGCCAGGAGAUCCUCUGUCCAGACAAAACGUUGCCUUUGACCUCAGCGAUACGCGCACUGACUUACCUUCAACCUAUCAAGACUUGGUUCUGAGAUAUCAGGAGUUUAAGAACGCGAUGAGAGAAGAUACACUUGACUACACCAUUUACUCAUCAAACGUCAAGAGAAAACGCCCAACGCCAAGAAAAAGCUCAAGAUCUGCAAAAAAAGCAGUGGCCUACAAUGAUGAUGAUGAUGACGAGGAUGAUGAUGACAGAGGUUGGAAUGGAGGAGGAGGAAGGGGUAUGACUGCUCGGAGACUAAAUUACAGCACCAGAAAUAGCAACAGAAGGUAAAAGUCAGAUGGCACUUUUGCUCAUGUCAUACAUUAUUACUGUGUACAUAAAGCAGCAAACAAAAAGAAAAUUCAAAACCGCUGUUUUUUUUAGGAUAUCUUAACCAAUGUACAGUAUGGUUUAGGAAGACCACGAACGAAUUGGAACCGUUAUAUGUAACCUUUUGUUAGAAUGAAAAGAAGAAAAAAAAUCUAAGUAGAGAAGAAGACCAGAAUUGGGGAGUAAUGGAUGUUUUGAUCUUUGGUUGGUAUUCAUUCACUUGUUGCUAUUGUUUUGUUCACACACACUGGUCUUUUUUUAUUCCUCACAAUUUUUAGGAUGCCCACCCCAUAUAUUGUUUU